AUGCUCUUCAACGCACUUACCGUCACUGCACUGGCCGCAUGCGUCAAUGCCGCCGGUCGCGCCAUCGUAACCAACCACUGCACCGAUCCAAUCUACCUCUGGUCUGUUGGCAGCAGCAUGAGCGACCAGAACAUCAUCUACCCCGAAUCAUCGUACAGCGAGCCCCUCCGCACUGAUUCCAAAUCCGGUGGCAUUUCCCUCAAGAUCACCCCUAUCGAAGGCGGAAUCUCCAAGCCCAACGUCAGCCAGACCAUCUUCGCCUACAAUCUCGACGUCAAUCAGGUCUGGUACGAUAUGAGCGACAUCUUCGGUGAUGGCUUUUCCGGCAAGUCCUUGACACUCAAGCCAACGGAUGCUACCUGCGAAAGCAUUGUCUGGGCUUCAGGCGAGCCACCCGCGGGUAGUCAGAUUAAGGUUCUUAAGUAA